UUAAAUGUUUAAUUUAAGUUUUAUAACGUCGUCAAAAAUGUCUUUGUGCUCAGAGGAAAUAUAGCGCACAGAGUGAGUUUGCAGAGCUAACCCGGGGCUGUGUUUGGCAGGGGCAGGAUCUCCUGUAGCUAGUUAAUGUAUUUAGCCGUUUAAAUACAAAUAAUGUGAUUUUUAUUCCUCUGUUUCACAUUCAUGUGAGCUCAAAGGGCGUUUUCUUAAAGUGCCACCGCAGCUUUUAUUUCCCCUUCGUCACUGGCGCAUUGGCCAAUUCAGAGGGACUAUUUUUAGUGAUUAAACCGGGAGUGUGAUAUGACCACGAGUCUGUCUUUACACUUCAGACUUCUUCACUUUCGAGGGACUAUUUUUCCUAAAAUAAUCUUAUAUGCUACACUAUAAAUAUUUGAGGAAGGGGUCCAGAUGUUGUAUGGAAGUGCGUUUCCCCCUGUUAAUGCAUAGAUCCCACUUCAGUGGUUAGGUUUGAGGACAGACGCAGGUGCAGAAGGACCAGACAUGGCCAGCAGCUUCCUAUAUGAAGAGCAGUUCCUGUGUUCAAUCUGUCUGGAUGCGUUCACUGAACCCGUCACGACUCCAUGUGGACACAACUACUGCAAGUCCUGUAUCACAGGGUACUGGGCCAGCACAGACCUGAUCCAGUGUCCCCUCUGUAAGAAGAAGUUCCACAAGAGACCACAGCUUCAGGUCAACACAGAGUUCAGAGAUAUGGUGGAGCAUUUCAACAACAUGAGGGUGAGGGGGGGCGAUGACAUCCUCGCCAAACCAGGGGAGGUGCCCUGUGACAUCUGCCUUGAGCCGAAGCUCAAAGCCCAGAAGACGUGCCUGGUGUGUUUGGCCUCGUACUGCCAGACUCACCUGGAGCCUCAUCAGAGAGUCACAAACCUUAAGAAGCACCAGCUGAUCGACCCUGUGUCAAACCUGGAGGACAGGGUGUGUAAGAAGCACGACAAGACGCUUGAGUUCUUCUGUAACUUUGACCAGAAGUGUAUUUGUUCCAUGUGCUUAAAAGAGGAACAUGCAACACAUGAAGCUGUUGCAUUGGAGCAAGCGUCCAGAGAGAGGAAAGCUGGGGUGGACUAUGUGAUGUCAGAGAUAAAAGUGAUGGAAAACUCAAAAUCCAGGAGUAUUAAGGAAAUCAAGUACACAGUUGAACAAAGCAAAAGAAGGUCAGAGAAGGAGAUAGCAGACAUUUCGGAGGUUUUCACUGCUCUGGUGGUCUCCCUGCAGAGAGGCCAGGCUGAGCUGAUUGAGGUGAUCCAGGAGAAGCAGAGAGCAGCACAGGAAGAGGCUGAAGAUCAGCUGACACAGCUGGAGCAAGAAGUUGCAGAGUUGAGGAGGAGAAGAUCUGAAAUGGAGCAACUUUUACAAUCAGAGGAUCAUCUCUGCUUCUUGCAGAGCUGGCCGUCUCUGUCACACAUUGAGGGUCUAUUCGAACGUCUGUCCCGCUCCUCCCCUGCAUUUACACCAGACCUCACUGCCAUCAGUCAGCAGAGUUAUGUAGGGACGGUUAAAAAAACAGUGGCUCAGAUGGAAAAGACGCUCAGCAAUGAGAUGGAGAUGCUUAUUCAUGAGGUCAGGUUAUCUGAUGGUUGUGAGGCCGCUGAACAGCGUGAUGCAGCUGAAGAACUGAUGACAGACGAGUUUGUUGAAGAAGUGUGGACGCCACCUCAGGACAAACUGAUGAUGAUCCAGCAGUGUUACGCUGUGGAUGUGACUCUGGACACCAACAUGCUCCAUUCCAAAUUCAUGGUGUCUAAGGAUGGAAAACAACUGAGAUAUGGUGAAGGCCUGCUGUUUUUUUUUAGUAAUUUACUGGGGGCAAGAUCCGAAAAUCAACCCUUUGUCCUUGGAAAAGAGGGUUUUUCCUCAGGCAAGUUCUACUAUCAGGUUCGAGUCAGUGGGAGUAAAAGUUGGGUAUUGGGAGUGGUCAAAGAGCCCGUUAACAGGAAGAAGAGGUCCAUUCCCACCCUUGAAGACGGAGGCUGGACACUUUGUGGACUGUACAAUGACUUCCAGGAGGAAUGUUUUGCUAACUCUGAUAGGUCGUCUCUCUUGAACCUGAAGCAAAGGCCCCAGACAGUUGGUGUGUUUGUCGAUUAUGACAAGGGAGAGAUCUCCUUCUUUGACGUGGACGCCAGGACUCUGAUCUACUCCUACACACAAUGUGCCUUCAUUCAGAACGUGCCAACAAUGACAGCUUUUUUGUAUUUCAUGACAGGCACUACCUUCAAUAACAGACCAAAGCUUCACCCUGUUUUUGGUUUCUUUGAAGAAGAUCCCAACAACAUGCUCGAAAUCACUCCUGUAGCCUGCGAGACUUAAUGCUUCGGUAGGCAGUUGUAGUUCUGUGUCAUUGGGCAAACUUAAAAUACAAACUGCUCAUAUCAUUGUUGUCAGGCGCUAACUCCAAAUAUCUCCAAAUUGCACUAUUUUCAUUUUUUUUCAUAAAUUAAUUUUAUUGGUCGUCCUCUACGUCUAUCAAAGGGUUUUUAACAUUUCUCAACCAAUUAAAUGUAUUUAGAAAAGGCUGUGACUAAACUUCAUAUCUCUGUUGAAUCAUUUGAAAAAAAAAAUAGCAGUUUUUACUAAUUCCUGAAAAAUAGCAGUUUUGGAGAGCAGCGAUAUUGUAAAUCAAGUGGACUAGGAGAAAAGCAGACUUUUGUCUGUUUUCUCAGGUUUUAAAACAACUGGCUUUUCAUGGGUGUCUUGUGCCAAUCACAGGUCGUUUAAGAGAGAGGACGUUCCUAUUGGCUGUUCUACAAAUACAGAUGCACAUGCACCCUUCAGUGAAAGCCUGAUUCAGAGUCAUUCAGUGUUGCAGAAAAAGUUGUAUUCUGGCAUUGGCAAUGACUGCCUACACUGUAGAGCAACCCCCCAAAAAAUGCAGACUGACUUUUCAUAAAUAAAGAGAGUGACAUUAAAUGAAAUAAAACACAAGAUGGAGAGAAAAUGUUGCUAAUAGUAUAGCCUUCCAGUUUAACCGUAGCCAGAGAUUCACAGGAGCAGCUGUGUCGCAGCUUAUGUAGCUAAUGUUUGCUAGAGCCUAAAAUCAGUGUUCCCCAGUUAGUGGUGGGGAACUGGCAUUACUCCUUAACUCUUUAAUUUUGAGCUUUUUGUUUUUCCACUCAUGUUGUGAAAAAAAGUCAGAGAUUUCAGCUGAACAAAGCUGGUUAGAUCACUUAGAGCUGACACUUUGUGAUGGGGUUCAGAAAGGUGGAGGGUAAAUCAUAUACUAUAUUUACAUACAUGUUACAAUACCUGUAUAUGAACAGGAGAUGGCACCAUUGUUUAACUAAUGUUCUGUUUUUUUAAGAGAUACAGCUUUAAGAUUUAUCAAUUAGCUAAUCUCCAGACAUUCAUAUUUUGAUAACUCAUUCAUUAUUUAUGUUUUAUGCAAAAAUGUAAAAAUAAUCAAUGAUUCUAGCCUCUCAAAUGUGCACAUUUGCUUGUUUUCCGAGACUAAUACGAUAGUUAACUAAACAAAUAUCUUUCUGUUUUGAACAGUUAGUUGGAAAAACAAGCGACUUUAAUAUGUCAAUUUGGGCUUUUCACAGUUGUAAUGGGCAUUUUUUAAGAUUUUCUUUCAUUUUAUAGACCAAACAGUUAAUCAGUUAAUUGACUGGGCCCAUAGCAUGUGGGGGGAUGCACCAGAUUAACAGCUGACGUUACUUAACAACUUCUUUAUGCUAAGUGUUGAUUAUUUUGUCCAUCAGUGGCUUCUAUGAAUUUGGGCACAUGGUUGUGUGCAUAUGAUAAAUGUGCUUUAUGAUUCGAUUACUUUAUGUGAAAAGCAAGCUUUUUUUAAAGAACAAAAUAUGAGUAAAGAUAAACAGGUGCUUGUUAUGUAUGCAUAAUGCAUCUGAUGUGUAUUAUACAGCUUAAUAAAAAUGCAUUUCAUAAAAAAACA